GGAAUGACAUUCUUCGUUCUGCAAAUUGAGGGUAUCGCUAGGACCCGGCUCUCUCAGAUGUACACCGAUGACUUGACGGAUAAAUGUAUCAGUGCCUACCUAGAUCUCCAUGAUUGGAAAACUCUUAUCAUUGAAAUGCACCUUACUCUUCUUAUACUACCAGUCUAUAUUGCGAUAUUGAUUUUGAGAAGAAAAACUAUUGUAAGGCUACAUGUUGGAUGGAUGUCUGAAAAGACUUUACGCAUGCAUUCUCAAAUGCUAAAGGCAAUCACCUACCAGGCCUGUCUACCACUGCUCUUGAGCUCUGGUUUUGUCGUAUUCGUUUUAGGACAAUUCUUAGGUCCAAACCAUCCAUUGCUACAGUACUCAUACAUAGCUGCCGGUCUCACUCCCGUGCUGACCCCUUUGAUUUCUCUUUAUUUCAUCAAACCAUAUCACGACAAUGUUAAGCAAGUCCUGUUAUGCUAUCCAAAUGCUAAGAAAAUAGCCAUUAUGCCGGCAAGUUCGAUGUCGAAUAGUGCUCAUCGUCACAAAAUUGCUAUAGCUUGA